CCGGCAUGCAUGUGUAGCAGUUCGCCCACGCUGCAUAAACAACUCUAUCUCAACGGCGACGACGCUCCCAUCUUAACAGCCAGGAAGCUGGCGUCUUGCUUGUCCUUGUUCUUUUCCCACCCGGCUACCCCCGUCGUCGCCGCCGCUUUCCCCGUGGUUUCAGAGCUCCAGUCGGCUAGCUAGGCCGCCUGGCUAAUCUCCCUGCCUUCUAUAAGUACAGGUUCAUUGUGUGCUGUGCUCCCAGCUCCAUCACUGACACAAGAGAGCACGCUACUACUCAUCACUCGCCAACGUGCAGAGAUCAGGGAAGCGGCACUCCAUCCACUGACUGACCGCUCAUGGCGAAGGUCCACCUCUACGUCGCCGCGGCCUGCGCCGUCGUCCUCGCGCUCGCCACCCCGGCCCUCGCCGGUGACCCCGACAUGCUGCAGGACGUCUGCCCGGCUGACUACGCCUCCCCGGUGAAGCUGAACGGGUUCGCGUGCAAGGCGAACUUUUCGGCGGACGACUUCUUCUUCGACGGGCUGAGGAACCCGGGCAACACCAACAACCCGGCGGGCUCCGUGGUGACGGCGGCCAACGUGGAGAAGUUCCCGGGCGUGAACACGCUGGGCGUCUCCAUGGCGCGCAUCGACUACGCGCCGGGCGGCCAGAACCCGCCGCACACGCACCCGCGCGCCACCGAGAUCAUCUUCGUCCUCGAGGGCACGCUCGAGGUCGGCUUCAUCACCACCGCCAACGCGCUCUUCACCAAGACCGUCACCAAGGGCGACGUCUUCGUCUUCCCGCGCGGCCUCGUCCACUUCCAGCAGAACAGGGGGCACGGCCCCGCCGCCGUCGUCGCCGCCUUCAACAGCCAGCUCCAGGGCACGCAGGCCAUCGCCAUGACGCUCUUCGGCGCCGUGCCGCCCGUGCCCUCCGACAUCCUCGCCAAGGCCUUCCGCAUCAGCAGCGGCGAGGUGGACCACAUCAAGGCCAACUUCGCGCCCAAGUAGAGAUCCAACGUCUGCAUUCCCUUGAUUUUCUCAAUAAUAAAUCCCCGCGGUGUGCAGUUCGAUUUGUUCGUCUUCGCUUGGUUUGGUUCGAGACAUUGCUGACCACGCUUGUUACUGCUAAUUUGUGCGGACCGGAGGGAGUUGCUUGUGCUCCGAUAAAUAAGAUAAAUAAUCAAUUCUAUCGUCGUCUGGGUUGCUUUGA